AUGAAAACUGCACUCUUGGUUGUCCCUACAAAGAAAACAGAGGAUACCAAUUGGAUCAAACCGUUGAAUAACUAUCUACUAUCCAUUUAUGGCAAUACUUCCGACUACCAGAAGGAUUUGGCGGAUUUCAACAAGCUUCGGCAAGACAUCCGAGGUGUAAGUGCCGAUAGAACCGGCAUCAAGCUCUACCUCACAUAUUUCAGUCAAUUGGAGCUUUUGGACUUGCGUGUUCCUGUGGCAACCAUCAAUAAGCACAAGAAGCUCAUUUUCAACUGGUACGAUGCGUUUCUGCCAGGUUCGCUGCACAUCCAGCACGCCUUGCCGUUCGAAAAGGCUAGCGUUUUGUUUAAUUUGGGCUCUUUGAUGUCCAAGGUGGCAUCUGUCAAGUAUAACGAGUCGCAGAGGACAUCGUCAGGCGAGGAUGGAGCUUUCAAGGAAGCGAUCCAGUACUUGCAACAGGCAGCAGGUGUUUUUGAGUUUCUUUCCGAAAACUUUUUGCAUGCACCUUCCAGUGACUUGCAGCCGGCAACUGUAAAAUUUCUCAUUAACUUGUGUUUGUCUCAGAGUCAGGAAAUCUUCACCUUGAAAGUGAUCGACGGAGACUUGGAACAAAAGAAGAAUUCCUUAAUCUCCAAACUCUGUAAGGGAACCGCCAACCACUAUGCUGAGUGCUUCAGUGUGUGCGCCCACUUGCUGACUGCAGAAGGUAUUGGUUCCCUCAGUGACCAAUCUACGUUUUCCAUUGUUGAAGCAGGCUUGGAUGACGACGAACUUGCGCUUGGAAGUGGAGAUGAUGAUGAAGGAAAUUUGGAUGAGUACAACCCAGAUAAACAAGGUAUGCCCGAUUCGAAUGUGACGGCAAGAUUGUACCCAGUUUGGAUUGCCACCAUCCAGUUUAAGCAGAUGUACUACGAGUCGUUGGCAUACUACUUCCAAGGCUUGCAAUUAGAGGCCACUAGUAAGUUUGGAGAUGCCAUUGCGUACUUGACCAAGUCGCACGAUCACAUCAACGAAAUCCCCUCGUCUAUCUUGAAAGUGAUCUCCAAAGCUGGGGGUGAAGAGGCAUACGACUUGUUGGAUAACUACAAGUACCAGAAAGAUGCUUUGGGGAUUAAAUUAAAGGAUUUAACGAAGGACAAUGACCUUAUCUACAACGAAAUUAUCCCUUCUAUUGUGACCAUCCCUGAGCCAAAGCCUAUGGACAGUGCCAAAGUACUUCCUAUGAGCAAGAUUGAUCUUUUCGCUGAGGUAAACGAGUAUAACUACCACAAUUUCUUGAAGAAUGUUGUCCCCAUAGAUAUUCACGAGUUAUUGAGUUAUUACUCGGAGGAAAAGUCACAGCUCUUGCGUAAUGAAUUGGAUGAAUUGGAUGUCUCCAACAAGGAGUUAUCUACAUUGUUGGAGCAUUUGAAGCUUCCGAAAGCCUUGAUAAACAUUAAAGAGAUCAUCAACCACAACAAGGAGUUGGAAACAGAUGGCCACAAUGAUGAGAAUUCCAUAAGUCCUGAAGUUUUGGCAGAGGCGGAUGAGAUCGCCUCUCGCUUUUCAAUCGACGUUGAAAACAGAAAAGUCAUUGCUGAGAUUAGGCAGAGGAUCUUCCAAUCUGUGACUGAGAGUGAGUCAUUGAUGGCAGGCCAAUAUUCUGUAUCAGCAGGUCGUUAUAGAGAAGAUUUGAUCAAGUUGAAGAAGUCUUUGUAUGAUGCCGCUAACUCGGAUUCCCGACUUUUUGCACUUAUUGAUUCAGAGAACAGCGAGCUUUACCAUAUUCUAGGUAAAGGUCCUUCUUCUCCUCAGUUCAAGAGCUUGUUCAAAGUGAAAGAGGUCGGAACUGAGAAACAGUCAAAACCUGUGGAGGAGAUCAGUUUGUUGGACAUUGACGAUUCGCAAUUGAAGCCCAGAGAAGGCUCUAUCGAUGAUCAAAUUACCGAACUUGAGGACAUACUUCUCAAGCUCAACAAGAAUAAGAACGAAAAGGCCAAGCUUGUUGCUGAAUUGAAGAACGAAAUCCACAGCGAUGAUAUUUCAGAUAUUUUGAUGCUCAACAGCAAGGUGAAGUCAACCAAUGAAAUCAGGACUGUAAUCUUCCCCAAGGAACUCGAGAAGUUCGAAGCUUAUGGCCAUGGAUUGGACAAGUUGAUCGCCCAGCAACUGGACUUGUCUGGAGAACUCAAUGCGAAGUGGAACAAUUUAGUUUCCAAUCCAAAGGUGAAGGAUGUUCAAAAAUCUAAGACCUUCCAUGACGAGUUGUACAAACAGCAAACAGAAAGAAUCAACAGAUUCUACAACGAAAACUGGAAGAAGUACACGAAUGGGUUGAGCAAAGGUACGGAAUUCUACACACAGCUCUUGAAAUUUUCAGAGAACUUGAAAAGGAGUAUUCAGAACGAGAUGCAGCGGGGCUCUAUCACAGAGUCAAUGAGUGGGUUGAGCUUACAAGAGAAUAGCACCGGUGGGUCUAGACAAUAUAACUCCGGGUCAUUUUUCCAACCAAACCAGAACCAUGGGUUUCAAGAACAGAACUCUGGGCAACAUGGACAGAGCACAGGUCAGUAUGGACAGAAUUCUGGACAGUAUGGACAAACCCCUGGGCAGUAUGCACAAACUACUGGACAAUAUGGACAGGGUAGGGGACAAUAUGGCCAAGACCCUGGUCACUUUGCUCAGUAUCCCCAAAGGAGUCAACCUCAUCAGCCAGAAGUCCAGCUGCAAUAUGCGGUACUGAGCCAACAGCAGUUUUCGCGUGCACCAGCUUUACCACCGAAAGCACCAUCACAAAAUUUUGACAACCACCCUAACCUGGCAAAUCAUACACCUAACCAGGGUCAAUAUGCGCUUCCCUCUAGACAAAACACGUCCAGCAGCGUGAAUUCACAAGGCAACACGAGCAACUCACAGAAUCCUACAGGGCUCAUCUAUGACCAGCCGUCAACGUACCAGCCAAACAUGUAUAAUUUCUUCCUGGGCCAAGGCUGA